AUGACAAGUAAAGAAGAGGAAGUGCCUAAAGAUGUUAUGCGUUGUGCAAAAUUAUUAAUGGCUAUGAAUAGUUCAACGCCAACCGCUGAAGAGUGUAAGCAGAUUCAACUAUGGAAAAAUAUUGCUAAUGCUAUAAAAAUUGCUGAAGACCGCAAGGUUGGUCGUUGUUUGGACGUGGGAACGAAAUCGAGCGUGCCGUUUUGGCUGCAUAAGUUUAUGAGAAAGAAUAACGGAGUCGAACCAAAGAUGAUCAUAGAGAAGAGCCUAACUGCUACUGAUGUCAAAACAAAUAACGGACGUCUCUCAAUGCCUUCUAGUCAAAUCCUUGAUGAAGAUUUCGUUACUGAAGAGGAGAAAACGAUCUUAGGGCUUCGCGAGGAAGGCGUGGACGCAACUAUUGUUGAUUGCGAGCUGCAUGAAUGGGAAGUGAAUCUGAGAAUAUGGGACAUGAACCGUCCUGUUUACAAUUUGGUCACAGGGUGGAAUCAAGUGGUGAAAGAUGUUAAGCUACAAGAAAAAGAUAACAUUCGCCUCUGGUCUUUUCACUCUAAUGACAAACUCUUCUUUGCUCUCAUUCUUCUUCCGCCUUCCACUGAUUAA